UGAUCUGAUCUCUAUCCAAAUGCAUCGGGGAAGAAAUUUUAUAAACUCUGGUUUAGAAGCUUGAAACUUUUAUAGACUAAUAUAGAUUUGAAUAGCAAUGUUUGGCCAAUUUAUAAAAAACUGAAAUGUUUUAUUAUGAGCUCUGUGGUUAAGUAUGAGGUUCAAACAGAAGUACCUUCAUAUAGAUCAAAGAUAAAUAAGGAUUAUUAGAUAUAAAUAUACCUAGGGAGUGUGAAAUGUCAUCAUAUGAAAUGUCAUAUAUGAGCUGGGUUUACAAGUUCGGCCCAUUUUAUCAUAUUCAUCAAUUACUGUUUGAAGGCUUGCAGUUAAUUAUUUUUUUUGUUUUUGUUUUGUUUUGAUGUUUGUUGUUUUUUUGUUUUUUUGCUGCUGUUGUUGCUGUAGAUAUAGUAUUAGUAAUACAAUAGUAAUAAAUUCAUAAAUGAUUGCUUAUUUAUUUUAAAGUGCUAACGUGUCAGUCUACCUGUUUCUAAUGCACCGCUCAGGGAGGGAAAUGUUGUAAGAAAAGCACUACGCUAAGACAUGUACCAGCAAUAGUUAACGCUGUGGUGUUGAUUAAACUUAAUAGUUUUGAUCAGAACACGGGGGAAACGCGUGUGUGUGAAUCAGAGGGAGGAGAUGCUGAACACUCAGACCCACACACAUAUUGAUCAUUAAAAGAGGGCGCGCUGUAAUAGAUCAUCACGCCUACAGCGAGAUCCCGUGCUUUAAAUGUGGUUGACUUCUCCCGCUAAGAGGAUGCUCAUUCAGGGAUGAGAAAAACGUUAUCGCAGGUCUCGGUUCCGAACAGAAGUUGUGGCUUUUUUCGGAGGUGUGUGUCGUCUUGCUCUUGCAAUAACAGUAUCAUGGCAGCCUUCAAGGGUGUGUGGACUCAAGAAUUCUGGCGAGCAGUUUUGGGGGAGUUUUUAGCCAUGAUAAUAUUCGUACUGCUCAGUUUGGGAUCCACCAUCAAUUGGGCAGCAACACAGGAGAACCCUCCACCUGCUGACCUCGUCCUCAUCUCUCUCUGCUUUGGUUUAUCCAUUGCAACCCUCGUCCAGUGUUUCGGGCACAUCAGCGGUGCCCACAUCAACCCGGCAGUCACCGCAGCAAUGGUUGCUACGCGGAAGCUGAGUCUGGCAAAGGGUGUGUUUUAUUUGUUGGCACAGUGUCUGGGGGCAGUGGUGGGGGCAGCUAUCUUGUACGGAGUGACACCAGCAUCAGUGAGAGGAGGAAUGGGAGUGACUUCUGUCAAUGCUGAAAUCUCCACUGGUCAUGCAAUUGUGAUAGAGCUCAUAAUCACUUUUGAGCUCGUCUUCACUGUCUUUGCCACCUGUGACCCCAAACGCAAUGAUCUCAAAGGUUCGGCAGCCCUGGCUAUUGGGCUGUCGGUGUGCAUCGGCCAUCUGUUUGCUAUCCCGUACACUGGAGCCAGUAUGAAUCCAGCUCGCUCUUUUGGGCCUGCGGUCAUCAUGGCAAAAUGGCAGGACCAUUGGGUGUACUGGGUGGGCCCUUUAAUAGGGGGCAUCCUGGCUGCAGCUGUGUACGAAUAUCUAUUCUGCCCCGACCCUGACCUGAAGCGCCGCUAUGCUGAUGUCCUCUCCAAGAGCCCCUUCCAAAUCGACCCGUAUCGGGUGGUGGACACAGAUUCGUACCCCAGCGAUCAAGCUCAGCUCAUGGCCAAGCAGGCAGCGAUCAGAGUGCUGGACCUGGAGAAGGCACAACAGAAGGAGAGGGAGUCGGCUGGAGAGGUGCUGUCGUCUGUAUGACUAGUGAGAGGCACUGAGAAGGAACAGCACAACACUUACAGCAUUAAUGAGCUCAAAGAGACCGAUCUGAUCUAGAGCCACACUGUGUGCUUGUGCACAGAUCCUCUACGGAAUGACUCGCAACACUUGACUUUAAUCAUUAAGAAUGAGCUACGAACCGCCUAAUGGUCUCACUUAAAAUACUCUUCCUUGUAUGCCAGUCACAGGCCAUAGAUCUCAUAUCCAAUAGAAUCCACUUUGAAGAUUUUAGUCAGUCACUGAACAUCUUUUAGCAGAUGCACCUCAUCAACUACUGAAUCAAUAACUAAAUGGGAUUCUCACAUCCAAGCAAAUGUAAUGCUUUUGUUUGGUCUACGGGUUAUUACCUGGCAAUCAGGGUUGAGAUUAGAUCAUCACCAUAGUAAUGCUGAUCAUUUUCCUUCUCAGUGCACUCUCUAUGAAUUAACCCUUUCUGUCCUCACCUUCUCCCUUUCAAAUCUAAUGUUGUUUUAGAGUAUUUUUAUAGUUUUUUUCUUUAAGGUUAUGAAUGUUGUAUCUUUCAAUGCUGCUGUCAUGUUCCUGAAUGAGUUUUAUUUUCUAUUUGAGACAAAAAUGCAUGAUUUGUCUGCUUAUGAUUUUACUUCUGUCUUCACAUUCUCCCUUUUACAUCUAAUGUUGUAUUGAGUAUUUUUAUAUUUUAUGUUUGUCUUUAAGGCUAUUAAUGUUAUGUCUUUUGAAUUUUUUUGAAUUUUCCGCCUAUGAUUUUACUUGUUAAAAUCACACACAUUGUGUCCUUCCUUGUUUACUCAUUUUCUUACCCUCGAGAAUAUAUGUAAUCAAUGAAAAAUGGUACUAGUGUAAUGUUUUAGAUUAUUUUUUCUUUUAGGUUCAGAAGUUGUUGUUUUUUGGGUUUUUUAAUGCAAUUACAGGUGCAUCUCAAUAAAUUAGAAUGUCGUGGAAAAGUUUGUUUAUUUCAGUAAUUGUGAAGUCAAAUUGUGAAACUCGUGUAUUAAAUAAAUUCAGUGCACACAGACUGAAGUAGUUUAAGUCUUUGGUUCUUUUAAUUGUGAUGAUUUUGGCUCACAUUUAACAAAAACCCACCAAUUCACUAUCUCAACAAAUUAGAAUACUUCAUAAGACCAAUAAAAAAAACAUUUUUAGUGAAUUGUUGGCCUUCUGGAAAGUAUGUUCAUUUACUGUAUAUGUACUCAAUACUUGGUAGGGGCUCUUUUUGCUUUAAUUACUGCCUCAAUUCGGCGUGGCAUGGAGGUGAUCAGUUUGUGGCACUGCUGAGGUGGUAUGGAAGCCCAGGUUUCUUUGACAGUGGCCUUCAGCUCAUCUGCAUUUUUUGGUCUCUUGUUUCUCAUUUUCCUCUUGACAAUACCCCAUAGAUUCUCUAUGGGGUUCAGGUCUAGUGAGUUUGCUGGCCAGUCAAGCACACCAACACCAUGGUCAUUUAACCAACUUUUGGUGCUUUUGCCAAAUCCUGCUGGAAAAUGAAAUCAGCAUCUUUAAAAAGCUGGUCAGCAGAAGUAAGCAUGAAGUGCUCCAAAAUUUCUUGGUAAACGGGUGCAGUGACUUUGGUUUUCAAAAAACACAAAUGGACCAACACCAACAUUGCACCCCAAAUCAUCACAGACUGUGGAAACUUAACACUGGACUUCAAGCAACUUGGGCUAUGAGCUUCUCCACCCUUCCUCCAGACUCUAGGACCUUGGUUUCCAAAUUAAAUACAAAACUUGCUCUCAUCUGAAAAGAGGACUUUGGACCACUGGGUAUCUAUUUAAGCCCAGGUAAGACACCUCUGACGUUGUCUGUGGUUCAGGAGUGGCUUAACAACAGGAAUACGACAACUGUAGCCAAAUUCCUUGACACGUCUGUGUGUGGUGGCUCUUGAGGCUUUGACCCCAGCCUCAGUCCAUUCCUUGUGAAGUUCACCCAAAUUCUUGAAUCGAUUUUGCUUGACAAUCCUCAUAAGACUGCGGUUCUCUCGGUUGGUUGUGCAUCUUUUUCUUCCACACUUUUUCCUUCCACUCAACUUUCUGUUAACAUGCUUGGAUACAGCACUCUGUGGACAGUCAGCUUCUUUGGCAAUGAAUGUUUGUGGCUUACCCUCCUUGUGAAGGGUGUCAAUGAUUGUCUUCUGGACAACUGUCUUCCCCAUGAUUGUGUAGCCUAGUGAACCAAACUGAGAGACCAUUUUGAAGGCUCAGGAAACCUUUGCAGGUGUUUUGAGUUGAUUAGCUGAUUGGCAUGUCACCAUAUUCUAAUUUGUUGAGAUAGUGAACCAAAGACUUAAACUACUUCAGUCUGUGUGCAUUGAAUUUAUUUAAUACACGAGUUUCACAAUUUGAGUUGAAUUACUGAAAUAAAUGAACUUUUCCACGACAUUCUAAUUUAUUGAGAUGCACCUGUAAGCAUAAUCACUGUCUCAGUUCAUUCAUAUUAAUUGCCAACCUGUUAUAAAAGUUAUUUUAGGCUUAUUAUUUAACUAAUGUGUUGGACAACUUAAAGUUAUCAUGUUAUGUAUAUAACUUUUUCCAUAAUUAUUUGAAAAUGGGAAUUAUAUUAUAUUAUAUUAUAUAUAAAGAAACUGGAAUGUCUUAUGGAAGCCGUUUUCACCCUCAACAGUAAAAAAAAAAAUAAAGAGCUUCUAUAAUUCUUAUUUGCGUUGACAUCUCUUUACCAGCAGAGGGCAGCACAUCCUUAAAUUGCGUCGUUACCCUGAAACUCCAGUAAUGCUGAAACACAUUUUGUUUAUCUGUUAGUGAGAAGCGCCAGAUUUCUGCUGAUAUUGUUUCAUGAAGUGUUUAGCUCCUCUCUCUGGUGAGUGACCAAACCAAGACUUGUCAAAUGCAGAAGACCUGCAGUUUGCCAAGUCAUUCUCCUGCUGCUGGCCUGUUUCACUUUUAUAGCACUCCCUUUCUUUCACUUCCUGGAGCAUGUGUUUGUGUGUAUACAGUCAUGGAAACUGGAAUUUUUGUCUGAAUAAUUUUAAUAUUGUUUGAUGUUAAGA